CGAAAACCCAAACAAACAUCCACAGGCCCGGGAUUAACGCGGGGGAAGCGCUGUUAUCUCAUUCGUGUUUGCAGAAUUAAUGUAUAUGUGAAUUAAUCUCCCUCUCCGGGGAGCUUUACGCAAUGAAACUGUGCCAGUUAGCUGGUUAGCUCUUAGCAGGCUGAUGAAUGUGUGCCGCCGCUGCUAAGGUAGCCAUUUUGAAACUGUGUUGUUCCAACGAAGCCAGCUCUGUUUACCUGCACACUCUGUCCGUGACAACCGCCGAAAUACACUCUUUCAGGUUGACAUGAUGUUGCUGGCAGGAUUGAGCCUUUAAUAUGCGCUACAGUCUGUGCAAAGGUACAGUGUGUCCCUGUGCAAAUACUUGCAAGAAAUUCAACAACUGCACUGAAACUUUGUGUGUCAGAGGCCAAACACACACUCGAGGGAAAAGAUAGACCCACCUGACAGAUUUUGGAUACCCGCUGUUUUUCAGCUUUUGCCUGUUUUUCCCGAGAAGAAGUUGUGUCCAUGUUCUCUUGAGGAUUUUCUUCUUGAAGAAGAUUUUUUGUUGUUGUUGCCCCUGAUCUUUUUGAGUUUUCUUUUUGCAUAUCUAUGAAAUCAGUGCUAAGUCCUGUAUCUGCAUCCAUAAGAAAACUGCAGAUAGAUAAAUGGGCAUCUUCCAGAUGUGAUAGUAAAUCAUUCAGAGCAGAAAUUGUCACUAUAAUGCAUCAUCCAGCUACCACUCAGUUUCACUAACCCAACCUGAAAAUGACGGCGAUGUAACAUAAACCUUACUUCCUUUAUUGUCAUGUGACUUUAAACCUUUGAGCAUUAUUUUCUUCGAACCAGGACAGUCUCUUCACCAGUUUAAUGAGGUGAGCAGUGGUUUUCGGUGUCCUCCGUUGCCAAUAAAAGACUGUCUCUUAGUUUUUUUUUUCUUUUCUGCAUGCGGCACACAGAUCUUAAAAUGAUUCGGUGAAAGAGUCACCACAGAAAACAUACUGGCACACAGUGUGGCAGGACAACACCGGUCUCUCUCUCCCCGUCUGGUGUCAAAGAGGAACUGCUGUACACACUGCUGUCCAUGUUUCAGGACGGACAACUUUCACAGACUGUUUGCUCGAAGUAGUCUUGCUCUGUCUCACUAUUGUGACAAAUCACCGGUCAGAACCUUUUUUUUUUUUUUUUCUUUUUUUUUUUCCCCUCUCUUUUUUUAUUUUGCCAGUCUGGAUGUUCAAGUAAGUUGAGGAAAUUAACCCAUCAGGAAAAAGACUGCCUGGUCUGACGACUUGUAGCAGUUAUAAGAGACGUGACCCACACGAGAGCCGCCUGGAUUGUAGUUCAACAAAGGAGAACCCGUUCUUCACAGAGCUCCUCUGGAAAGCUGUUCCAGAUCAUUCCUGCAGUCUUUUGACCCAUCUCCAAGAGUUUCACCCUGGACGAAGGGACCUGCCUCUGGGGAAAGGGGCUGCACUGUCCUGGCGGAGGUGGAGAAGGGCUUUCCGGUGUGCUGCUCCUCGUCCGUCGGUGCACUCGCUCUGUGAUCGACGCCAACAGGCCUGAGGGAGCGACCUUAGCCGGGCUGCGAGAGGAGGCUGAGGACUUCAGAGCAUCAGACUCUGGGAUCCUGGCCAUGAGGUUUGAUGCCUCAAUCCACUGACCGGAAACACUGGACCUAAAUGGCGCAGCAUGACUUUGUCCCUGCCUGGCUUAACUUCUCCACUCCCCAGCCUGCCAAGUCCCCUGCUGCCAACCUCGACAAGCAAAGCGAGCCCCACCACCACAGAGACGGCCGAACCGCUGUGAGCCGCCGCCGCCACAACUCCUCCGAUGGAUUCUUCAACAACGGCUCCCUGCGCGCCCCAGCAGGUGACGGGUGGCAGCAGCCCUCUCUGCUCCUGAGGCAUGACUCUGUGGACUCGGGCGUGGCUAAAGGCGGGCACGGCGGGCUGGCGGGCGGCUCGUGUUGGAAGGAGACGCCCAGCUGGCACGGGGCCCCCCGGGGCCCCCAGGACGGCCACCACCACCAGGGACGCCACCCCAAACGGGUCGGGGGCGACAGGGACAGGCAGGGGGGGCACCGGCAGCGCAACGGGAACUUCCAUCCCCGCAAGGGCUCCUCGUACCAGGACAAGUUCCCCAACGAGGAACGCAAGGACAGCAAGGACGACAAGCUGAAGUUUGUUGAGGAGGACUUCCCUUCCCUCAACCCUGAAACAACUGGAAAGCCUGGGACUCCGAUGCGAGCGGUCGCCCCCCACGCGGGAGUGUGGGAAAAUCCCCCGAGCGGCAAACAGAUGGUGUCCAAAAUGCUGGUUAUCAAGAAGGUUUCCAAGGAGGACCCCGGCACCGCCUUCUCCGCGGGGUUCGCCACCGCCGGCGCCCUGCCCACCAACGGCAGCAAAACUCCCAUCGCAGGCUCCAGCGUCUACAAGAACCUGGUCCCCAAGCCCGCCGUGGCCCCCACCAAAAGCACCCAGUGGAAAUCCGGUGGCAGAGAGAUCAGCAAGUCUGGGCUCCACAUGCCAGGCCGGGAUUCAGUCUUCACCAGCCCCGUCUCUGCAGCCAAACCCAGCACCCCCGUCAGUGCACCACAGCACAACCCUCCGAAAGAGCACCCCUCCAGCACGACUCCUCCUAUAGACAUCGCUCCGUCGAGGUUGAAGCUGAUGCGCCGAGGUCCGGACCGGAAGAGCGAGUUCCUGCGAGCCCUGAAGGACGAAGGCACCGGCGAGCUGACGACCAGCAGCAGCCCGGGGACGUCGGGAGAGGGUGAAAGCAGCACCCCGGAGCCCAAAGCCUACAGCGAGGAGGUCUGCCACGAGAAUGGCCUGUCCUACUCCCUCAGCGACUCCGACACCGAGCACCUGUCCAGCUCCCUAGAGGCGGAGCACAGGUUGCUGAAGGCCAUGGGCUGGCAGGAGUACCCGGAGAACGACGACAACUUCCUGCCCCUGACCGAGGACGAGCUGAGGGAGUUCCAGACGAAAACCGAGCAGCUGAAGCGAAACGGCGUGCAGAGGAACGGCGUUCUCCCCAGGACGCGGGGUGUCACCCUCCACUUCACCCCCUGGAGGAGUGUGGCGGAGGCGCACGAGGAGGAGGGCUCCGAGUCCGAAACCAGUAGCAGCAGCAGCCAGACCUCCGACGACGACGACUGCAUCAGAUCCUAACGUGGCUUUACGGAACAAACAAAAUAAAAAGAAAAUCAACAACAACACGACAGCAGCCAAUACACACAUCCAGCAAGCAAUCCCCCCUUCCUCUCAUCUUCGUUUCUAGAGCACCAUUCUGAAUUUCCUUUUUGAUUUUUUUUUUUUUUCCUUUUUUCUUUUUUUUUUUUUUUGUUUUUGUCGUUCUUGCACAAGGGAAAAACCAAUCAUAUCCCAGUGGAGGGGGAGAUUCCUGUUCCGCCAGGCGUCGUUUUCCCUGCGUUUCCCCCUUCACUGCAGACCCCGCCCCCUUCGAGCCCCGCACCCCCUCGACCCCCGACCCCUGACCCCUCCCCCCCCUCCCUCCUCGCUUUGUGGAACUGAAGUGUUCAUCAAGAAAAGAAGGGCAAUGAAUGCACACUUGAUUCUGCUUUAAACAGACUAACUCAUUUCAUUGUUGAUGCUGAUGACACAUUAUUAAUGAUAUUAAUAAAAAUUGGUUCCUGACAAGCUGAUAUGUUUCAAUAUGAA